UCCAAGAAGGAAAAAGAAACGAUGAUUAGUCCUGGAACGGAUUCGUUUGACUAUCGAACGGAGCUUCCAUCGCCUCCACCACCGGGGGAGGAGGUGCCGGUGGUAGCAAGCGUCCCUUCUUGGAGACUCAACAUGGAUAAAUUUCAGUUGCCUGAAAGACGUCUGGAAACUCAUCAUUUUGGCUUUACAUAUAUUUUCAAAACAGUGAAGAGACGAAGACAGAUUGCAGAAUAUUACAACAGGCAGGAAAAGCUUCUUGAAUCCUUCAAUGAAUUUGAAUCCUCCACUGAGCUUGGAAUUUUGCCUCAGGCUUUGACAGAGAAAGAAGUAAAACAACUAGCAAGGAGUGAGAAAACGGCAAUCUAUGCAUCAAACAUAGCAAAUUUGGUACUUUUCUUGGCAAAAGUAUAUGCUUCAGUUGAAAGUAGAUCAAUUGCAGUAAUAGCAUCAACAGUGGACUCUCUCUUAGAUGUCUUGUCUGGUUUUAUCCUCUGGUUUACUGAUAAUAAUAUGAGAACUCCUAAUCACUAUAGAUAUCCCAUUGGCAAGCAGAGGAUGCAACCUGUGGGAAUAGUGGUAUUUGCAUCAGUAAUGGCAACUCUAGGGUUACAGAUAUUGUUUGAAUCAGGACGGCAACUAAUCGCCAAGGCUCAACCAGAGAGGGAUCCAAACAAAGAAAAAUGGAUGAUAGGGAUAAUGGUAUCGGUAACAGUAAUAAAACUAGCUCUGACAAUAUUUUGUCGGAGAUUCAAGAAUGAAAUAAUAAGGGCAUAUGCCAAGGAUCAUCUUUUUGAUGUGAUCACCAACUCAAUUGGUCUAGCCACUGCCGUUUUAGCUAUCAAAUUCCACUGGUGGCUUGAUCCUCUUGGAGCUAUACUAAUAGCUUUAUACACAAUAAGCAAUUGGUCGGGUACGGUUAUGGAGAACGUAUGGUUGUUGAUCGGAAGAGCAGCACCGCCGGAGUAUAUAGCGAAGCUAACAUACCUAAUUUGGAAUCAUCACGAGAAGAUAAAGAAAAUAGACACCAUUAGAGCAUACACAUUUGGUAUUCACUACUUUGUGGAAGCAGACAUUGUAUUGCCUGAAGAAAUGUCACUUUCACAUGCACAUAACAUUGGAGAGACACUUCAAGAAAAGCUUGAACAACUUCCUGAGGUCGAACGAGCUUUUGUUCAUGUGGAUUUUGAAUUUACUCAUCACCCAGAACACAACCCCAAGAGGACUAAUUGAUCCAUCAUGGAUUUUGUAUUAGAUUUGUCACCCUUAUAAUAAGAGUUUGUUAAGAGAUGGAUCUAAUUCUUAUUGCAUAAUUUAUUAAUUAUU